AGUGUCAAUGUCAAAUGGUUUAAUAAAUAAAAAUACAUUUAAAAAACACAAAAAUGAGUUCAAAAAAUGAAGCAGACCUGGCCAAAACUAAUAAAACAUUCGCUGAAAAACAGGCUGAGCGGAUGAAAAAGUUGAGGGAAUUGCACAAGGUACGCAAUGAGGCUAGAACACAUAACCAUCAAGAAGUGGUAGCUGAAGAUUCCAGAAUUAAACUACCUCAGAAUUGGGAAAGUAGAAAGCGGCGAGCAGAAUGGAUACUAAACGAUCAGAAAGAAAGGGAAGAAGCUGCUAAAGAAGGAAAAGACUAUGAUAGGAUCAAAUUGUUGAAUGUGUCAGCUGUAGAAGCUGAACGAUUUGAUAGGAUGAAGAAAAAGAAAAACCCUGAUGAGGGAUUUUCAGACUAUGAAGCCGCAUCCGUAAGGCAAUAUAAUAGGUUAAUAAAAACAAUGGCUCCCAAAGACAUGGAGAGAUAUGAAGAGCAAAAAGAAAAGUAUGGAGAUGCAUUUUAUGCUGGUCCAAAUACAAUUGUUCAUGGUCUUCAUAAAGAUAGGCCAGAAGCUGUUGACAACUUGGUAAAGAGUGUAGAAGAUCAGAUAGCUAAAAGAAGUAAAUACUCAAGGAGAAGGACUCAUAACGAUGAUGCAGAUAUUGAUUAUAUUAAUGAAAGGAAUGCUAAAUUUAACAAAAAGAUGGAUAGAUUUUAUGGUGAACAUACAACAGAAAUUAAACAAAAUUUAGAACGAGGAACAGCUGUUUAAGUGUUUUGUUAAUAUUGUGACUAUAGACUAUAGUGCCUGGAUAAUAAAUAUUAAGGACAUAUUUGUAAGAAAGAUUAACAAUUUUUAAUGAAAAUUAGCAAACAGCCUUUAGCACUAAAAUCCUCUGUAUUUUGAACUUUCCAAAAAUUAUUUAAAUAGUAGUGAAUAAACAUAUGG